AGGUAACGCUGCCUCUAUAUAAGGCACAACCGAAGAAAACUUUUUGUACCGCAGAACCGAAACUAUGGAUUCCCUCCUUUGGCUCAUCAUUUUUUUCCUCUGUCUUUCACUCUUUCCCCUUUUCGCUUCCCCUGCCUUGCUGUUUCAGGGUUUCAACUGGGAAUCAAGUGGCAAAGGAGGAUGGUACAACUCUCUGAAGAACUCCAUUCCUGACCUAGCAAAUGCCGGAAUUACCCAUGUUUGGCUUCCUCCUCCCUCUCAAUCAGCUGCUUCUCAAGGGUAUCUUCCAGGAAGGCUAUAUGAUCUUGAUGCAUCAAAGUAUGGUUCCAAGGAUGAACUGAAGUCCCUGAUUGCGACUUUCCAUGAUAAAGGAAUCAAAUGCCUAGCUGACAUAGUCAUCAACCAUAGAACUGCUGAGAGGAAGGAUGGGAGAGGGAUUUAUUGCAUCUUUGAAGGUGGAACUGCAGAUUCACGUCUUGAUUGGGGUCCAUCUUUUAUUUGCAGAGAUGACACUGCUUAUUCUGAUGGCACUGGAAACCUUGAUAGUGGAGAUGACUUUAAAGGUGCACCUGACAUUGACCAUCUCAAUCCACAGGUUCAGAGGGAGUUGUCUGAUUGGAUGAAUUGGCUCAAGACUGAGAUUGGUUUUGAUGGGUGGCGAUUUGAUUUUGUGAAGGGUUAUGCCCCUAGCAUUACCAAAAUUUAUAUGGAACAAACUUCACCAGAUUUUGCAGUUGGAGAGAAUUGGGGUUCUCUUUCUAAAGGGCAAGAUAACAAGCCUAACUAUAACCAAGAUGCUCAUCGUGGUGAACUAGUUAAUUGGGUUCAAUCUGCAGGUGGUGCUGUCACUGCCUUUGAUUUCACCACCAAAGGGAUUCUUCAAGCUUCUGUACAAGGGGAACUGUGGAGGUUGAAGGAUUCAAAUGGUAAGCCACCUGGGAUGAUAGGUGUAAAACCAGAAAAUGCUGUAACAUUUAUUGACAACCAUGACACGGGUUCCACUCAACAAAUUUGGCCAUUCCCAUCUGACAAAGUCAUGCAAGGAUAUGCUUAUAUUCUAACACAUCCUGGGAACCCAACAAUAUUCUAUGAUCACUUCUUUGAUUGGGGCCUGAAGGAGGAGAUAGCAAAAUUGACUGCUAUUAGGGUGAGGAAUGGGAUCAAUAUGAAAAGCACUGUGAACAUUCUAGCAGCUGAUGCUGACCUUUAUGUUGCAGAGAUAGACAACAAGAUCAUAAUGAAGAUAGGGCCCAAGAUGGACCUUGGAAAUCUUAUUCCCUCAAAUUUCCGUGUUGCUGCCUCUGGCCAAGACUAUGCCGUGUGGGAGUGACUAAAAUGAUACCAAUAAUGAUAAAAGUGUACGUCAUUUUAAAAGAUAUAAAGUUGUGUCAUUUUAAGUGAGAGAAAGAAAUAAAAUAUGAGAGAGAAAAAGAGAUAGAACAUGAGAGAGA